GACACCCCGGCGAUUUUCGGGGGCUCACAGUGGGACAAGCAGCAUUUGGCCGAGGAGCGCAAGCGCUGCCUCGAAUUCGCCGCUCAUGAGCCCUGCGUGCUGGUGCUGGUGACACAGCUGGGCCGUUACACACGGGAGGACCGGGAGGUGCAGAAGAGCGUGUGGAAACUCUUUGGGAAGGGCGCUAAGAAGCGCAUGAUGGUGGUGUUCACCAGGAAGGAAGACCUGGGGGGCGGCUCGCUGGAUGAAUACGUGAAGGCGGCCGAGAACGGAGCUCUGCGGAAGCUGGUGAAGGCGUGCGGGCAGCAGUACUGUGCUGUGAGCAACAGAGCGCCGAGGCAGGACCGGGAUGUGCAGGCUGAUGAGGUGCUGGAGAAGGCUGUGAGCAUCGCAUGCGGGAAGCGCGAGGAGCCCCAGCACAAGCGGUGUUGGUUGUGUUUGUCAUAAUUAAGAUCUAAUCACCGUGACAAGACCCACGGCUCCAUGUACAAAAGGACGGGGGGGGGGGAAAGAAGAUGGAUCCAGACGAAGGAAGCGGUGGCAAUGAGCUAAGGAAAUAAAUAGUUAAUUUUCUAAUUGUAUUAGUGAAAUUUAAUUGGAAUUGAAGCUAAUAAAUAAACGAGAGUUUCCAAAACCCAAA